CUGUUAGGAUUUAGAAGAUCUGCACGUUAUUUUACUUAACCGUUGAUCUGUUUUAUUUUACGUGAUUUUACUUUUUUCUAAAGAAAAUGAGAAAUUUUUUAAUGAAAUUAAUUUAACAAAUUCUAUAGGAUGAAGUUUAAGUGUAUAUAGAAUUGGAUAAAACGAAAUGAGAUAUAUAAUUUAAAUAAUCAAGUAUUUUCUCGUCUAUUAUUUUGUAUAAUUGAUCCAAUACAAUCUCUAAUAGUUAAAUAAUAUUUUAUUUUUACAAUGAACAUCGAAGAAAAUAGAUUGAGAACGUUUGUUGAUUGGCCUACUAAUGCUGCAGUAAGUGCAGAUCGCAUAGCCAAAGCAGGAUUUUAUUAUUCUGGUGUAGGUUUGGAAGUACAAUGUUUCUUAUGUGGUAUAAAAAUUUCGGAGUGGAAUUAUGGCGAUCAAGCUGUAACACGUCAUCGUCAAGCUGCACCAGAUUGUCCUUUUGUUUUAAAUCCGUCCAGUACUUGUAAUAUACCUUUACUACCAGCAUCUGUUAAUGACAGAGAUUUAUCAUCGUCGUCUUCUUCGGUGGAACAAGCCCAAUCUGAUAAUGCUACGGAAUAUCAGUGUUUUCUUUCAACAGCUGUAAGAAGUGACGAUCCUCAGAGACAAUACAAAACCUUGAGGCAAAGAUUGGAAUCUUUUGCUACUUGGCCAAUAUCUAAUAUAGUGUCUCCUGAGAAACUUGCUAAAGCAGGUUUCUAUUAUUUACAACAAGCAGACUUGGUAGAAUGUGUCUUCUGUCGAGGUAUUAUAUUACAAUGGGAACUUGGCGAUGAUCCAGAAAAAGAACACAGAACUCACUUUCCUAGUUGUGAUUUUUAUAUAAGAAGAAACAAUGAAGAUGAUAUAGAAGAUAUAAUAAAAUUAACUAACGUGAAAUUAAUGCCUGGUUCAACAACCGAUUUGAAAGAUUUAGGUAUUCAGACUCAUAGCGUACCACGAAGAUUAAAACACGCGACAUAUGAAGGUAGAUUGAGAACUUUUGAAGGCUGGCCUGUAGAUCUAAGACAAACACCGGAGAUGUUAGCAAUUGCUGGAUUUUAUUAUGUUGGAACUGAAGAUCAAGUGAGAUGUUUUCAUUGUGAUGGUGGUUUGCGUAAUUGGGAAUUAACGGAUGAUCCUUGGGUGGAACAUGCAAAAUGGUUUCCAAAAUGUGGUUUUGUUAACAUCGUGCAAGGACCAGAAUUUAUAAAAGAAUGUGUUGACAGUAGACCACCUUUAGACCUAGCUAUUGUAGCCGACAUGUGUAAUAGGGCAUCUUUAGAUCGACCUAUCGCAUCCGAAACCUCCGAAAUAUCCGACAGUAAUACCGAAGAAAUUUUAGAAGUAUCUCCUGCAACUCAUCCAACAGUAUCAACAUCGCCUCAACUAUUUAACGAUGCUUUUUACGAAGAUAUGCUUCGAUGUGAACCAGCCAUGGCGGCACUUGAAAUUGGUUUACACGUUGAAGGAGUAAAAAAGGCCUUAAGAAAACGAGUGGAAGAAACUGGUGCUCCUCAUGACAGUGCGGAUCAACUUAUAGCAGAUGUCCUUCGGAAUCAAGCUAUGGACGAAGAUGCUCGGGAAAAUGAAAGGGAGAAUGUACAGGAAGAAUGUACAAAUUCUACACAAAGCUGUGGAACAUCCGAUACUGAGGAUAAAGUACUACAGAAGACAAAUACUAACUCUGAAGUGUCUGAUUCAUUAGCAGAGGAAAAUAGAAGACUGAAAGAAGCUCGUUUAUGCAAAAUUUGUAUGGAUCGUGAAAUAGCUGUUGUAUUUUUACCAUGUGGUCAUUUGGCAACAUGCGUUCAUUGUGCUCCUUCUCUUACAUAUUGUCCAAUAUGUAGACAGGAAAUACGUGCCACUGUUCGUACAUUUCUUUCUUAAGAUGCUAAGUAGAAUUUAACAAAUAUCGUUUAGCAAUUAAUAUACAAAAUUGGCUCGUCAAGUCAAUCGCGAUAUCUUAUACUUCUCUUUAGUGACUUCUCGCUCUCAUCAUCAUACCAGCACUCUAACUUUUACUUGCUUCUGUUAUAUUAUCAUGCUGUUACGAUAUUACUGUCUUACAACUAUAAAUGGGAUUUAUAUGUGUACUGAUCGAUGACAAGAUCUAAAAACGUUGAUAAAAUAAGCAUAUUCGAAUAAGAACAAUCGAAUAACGCAGUGAAAAAUAAUUUUUUCUUUGACGAGAAGUUUACACGACUUUUUAUCUUAAUUUAUUUAGAUAACAACAUUGACAUAUCAAUCAUUAAAUAAACAUAAUCUAUAUUACAUGGUACAAGGGAUUUAUUAAUUAAUAAAAUCUUAUAUUUGCCAUAAUAUUAAUAGCUUUAUGCAAACAUAAUAUUUUUAAAAAGUCAAUUAAUGCAUUCGGUACUAUUUUGCAACGCGUUUAUUCUUAUUUCAAAAUAAAAAAAAAAUAAUAUUAUAUUAAAUAUGAAUAUUGUUAUUUAUUUUACUAUUAAUUUGAUAAUAAUGAACAAAAAGUUCCUAUCUUUUCAAAAUAAUUUCAUUUUUUUUUCUUUUUUUUUUUUUUCAUCUAAAACUUGAAUGAUUUUUUUUUUUUUUUCCUAGAUGAUGAUAACAAAUUGAAGUCAGAAAAUGACACUUAGGCUAAAAGAUAAAUUAUAGAUAAAUAAAAACAUGUAAACAAAUAUACAAGGCAUUCAACAUACUCAUCUUAUUGUUUUAUACGAAAAAAAGAAUUGCUUAGGACACCCAAUUCCCCAUACGCUUAUUCGUUUCAUAAUUACAAAUCGAAGAACUAUGUAAAAUUGAAAUAUAUAAAUACUACAUUCUAUCAUGUAAUUAGAAACAACAAAUAUUAUAGCUAUGAAAUGAAAUAUUUACUUUAAAUAAAUCUAUUCAUGAUCUUUGUUAGUAAAUAUUAUAAAUACAAAUGGCAUAUAUGUAAUGUUGACUGUCUGCAUAACUUAGAAAAUAUACAAAUUGAAACAUUUACAAAA